CAACCCCGCGAUUCAGCGCGAACACAACAAUGACUUCGAUCAGAGAAAAAAUAGAGCAAUUUUGCUCAAUCACAGGGGCUGAUCAAGAGGUUGGUAAAAAUCUUCUAGAGGCAUGUAAUGGGAACCUGGAGCUGGCUAUAGACAUGCACAUGGACAGUGGUGGACCCUCUGCCCCACCCCCAACAGAUCAGGGCGGGGCAUCCGCCCAACCCAGCCAGCCUCUCCCCAGAGAUUCAGAAACAUCCUCAUCAGCACCCAUAGACUUAGAUGAUGAUGUUCGAGCUCCUAUACCUCAGAGAAACGAGACCCUGAUCGAAGAUGUCCCAGCAUUUGUUUCAGCCCAGCACUUGGAGGAGCUCACCCACCAACACGACAGUGUUUUGCGUGGACGCCGAAGACAAGCACGGUCUGUUUUUGACGGUUUUCGAGAUUUUCAAGCAGAAGCUAGGCAGCAGGAGGCAAUGAUGAGACAAGGGCCCGGCUCAUCCUUCAAGAAGAGGACCCUAGAGGACUUGUUCAGGCCCCCCAUAGACAUCACAUUCAAAGGCACAUUUGCCAGUGCCCGAGAAGCGGGUACAACGCUAAAGAAAUACGUGAUGGUCAAUGUUCAGAAUGUGAAAGAGUUCGUCUGCCAGGCGCUGAACCGUGACGUAUGGAGCCACGACGGGGUCAAGGCCAUUGUCAAGGACCAUUUCGUGUUUUGGCAGGUUUAUCAUGAUAGCGAAGAAGGCGGGAAAUUCAAACAGUUCUACCGCGUGGAGGAGUACCCGUAUAUCGCUAUAAUUGACCCGAGGACAGGAGAAAAUAUGGUCACGUGGAACAGAGAAUUGGACGCCAUGACUUUUUGUGAUCUCGUAACUCAGUUUUUGGCAGAGCAUCCUUUUUCCGACGAUUCGUUCAGCGAGUCUCCACCGUCAAAACGAACAAAGCGAGAACAUAGCGUCGUAGACCUCAGUGAAGAUGAUCAGAUACAGGCCGCCAUUAAAGCCUCGCUCGAGGAACCGCGCAAAUCUGUGACCUACAUUUCGGAUAGUGAUGAUGACAAUAGUGACGAUGAUGACGUAGAAACUUUUUCAGACACGGAUAAUGAUUCGCAGUCCUCUCCAGUGAAAAACAGUCAUUCUAAAAACGACUCUAAAAUUGCAGUGUGUUCAAACAGUAGUGGACCGUCCUGUUCAAACAAAACAGAAACUACAGAAAGUAACGAAAACUGUAAAAAGUGUGAAUCGAACGUUAUAGAAAACGGUGUUUCCAACUCUAGCUCAAAUUCUAGCACUGAAAGUUAUAAAAAAUACAUCGGAAAAGAAUCAGAUCCUCAAAUGUCCAUCAUGAUUCGUUUCCCGGAUGGCAAACGGCAGCAACUCACGUUAUCCUCUCAGUCCAAACUCAUGGCACUAGUGAAGUAUGUAGCGGAGCAAGGAUACUCAAACGAACGUUACGAAUUGCUCACGAAUUUUCCCAGGAAGAAACUGUCUUACAUGGACUUUGACCUCACAAUUCAGGAAGCGGGUCUGAAUGCUCAGGAAUCGGUCUUCGUUCAGGCCAGGUGAACAGUUAGCUAAUCAAUCAGGUAACAGAAUACAGGUGACAAAAAAUAGUAAUGUUGGAGUGUGUUGACCGAGGCAUAGUGACAGUGAUCUCAUUAGAUGCCCGGAUCAUUGCCUCAGAGGGCGAAUUGUUGUAUGGUGAAUAAAACAAGGUGCGUGCAGAAGCAGGCAGUCAGGAUGCAGAGUGAUGAAGUAUAUUGUCAAGCCUAUUAUGCAGUUUAUGCCCUAUUUCCAUAUUUAAGGUUUGGGACAGUAGGGCGUUAAAUGGUGAUUAUUCAUGAAGGUGUUCCUUUUAAUUCCAAAAUAAGAUAGAGCUCAUUAUUAUUAAUGAAGAACCUGUACUGUUAAUAAUGAGUGUAUACCAUGCUAAACAAUUGCUCUGGUGUCAAUAACAUGCAAGUAUCGCUCAAAAACAACGUGCAAGACUUGGUUUAUUAUUGAAGCCACUCAAAACUGUUCACGAUUCCAGUGUAUCAGGACUUGGACUAUCUUGGCCAGUACCUCACUGUUUAUAUAAGAAAAUGACUUGUACUUGUUUCCCUCAAGCUAUUGCGCACAAUAACUCUAUGUGUAUUUCAGAUUUUUAUAUAUUUAUAUUUGAUAACGAUGUAUAUUUAUUAACAAUGAUAGCAUUUGUGUAUGCACCAAUAGUGUGAGCGGAUGUUUAUUUUUGUCUUUAUAAUAAAAUUCUGACUACCAUC